AUGUCCGUCGCAAAAGCUAUCUCGAAGAAAAGGAAACGCGACUCAAAUCCCGAAGCGCAUUUCGAAUUAUCAAAGCCGGCACCUGCAAAGGUUGGGCCGAUUCUUGUUAGCUAUCCCGCUCUUCAAGCUCCUCCGGCUACCCCAUUCCAAUGUUAUUCGCGGAAGAAGUCAAAACGGGGCGGAGAGGAUGAGGAAGAGUUUAUAGUUGCAGGAGAGACAGAUACCGUCGAGUUUGCUACCAAUGAAGACGAAUCGCGCAGGGCCUCUGAAUCAGGGUGCCGAUAUCUGCUUGCAGUGCACAAUACAAAAACAGGGACGGUCUCCAUCCUUCCUACCCCCAAAACACCACACAUCUUAUCUCACACCGUCAAGGCUUUGAAAUCCAUCGAACCUUCCGCAGCUCCAUCCAAGACUGCGUACCUUGAGGCCAAGACUACCCUUGGAGAAACCUUUGGAACUAAAAAGCAAAAGGCCGCUAUUAGGGCCAAUGAACGCAACCGUAUCGAUGUUAGCGCGAUGGAAGGUGUCAUGGGAUAUGUGAUGGAUAGUAUCGAAAAGGGAGCUGAAGGAUUGAUGACCGCAGAGGAAUCGAAAGAAUUUGCUGACAAGAACAGGCUGAUUCCUCCAUUCUCGAUGACAGCUGCAGAUCCCUCCGAUAUCUAUGCUCUUCAUGACAUUAUCCCAGAGGCUGAGUGGAAGGCCCUUUCGAUUACCUCUUUGGAGGCCGCAGGGAACUAUCCAGAGAGACUCGCAAUGCUUCCAUACAGGAGAUCGCAAUGGGUUAAUCAUCAUCUCAGAGUUUUGACUGAGUCCACAGGCAAAGCCCAGAAAAAGAAGCUCAAAAUUCUUUUGUAUAUAUCCGCAAUGCUGGCCUUCCGACAAACUACAUUCCAAAAGACAAUCGACAAAGAGAAGCUCUAUGAACGCCUCAGUGCUGUGCCGGGGAUUGUUGUUGACGGUCUUCUAUCCCGCUUCACCGAACAGGCUAGAGGUUCUACAAGCUAUCACUCAACUAGUGCCACAAAAACAACCUUGUUGACAUAUACUUUCGCCCUUUGCCUCAAAGUAGACGAUUUCGCCAGCAACACGACAGUCAUCGCCCACGACUUAAGCAUGACUGUGACGGAGGUCAAUCAACUCUUCAAAUCUCUCGGAUGCAAGAUUGUGAAAUUGGGAGAUAGAGAACGCGCGAAACUCGGCCUGUCUGACAGCUCUGCAGACGAAAAAAGAGCAGUUCUCACUGCUCCCGUAGAGUUCCCCAAACCUAGGCUAAGGAAGAAGACAUAA